AUGUCUUCCAAACGUGUACACUACGAGCGUGGCACUAAAGGAGGAUCCCACAGCCAAAGAAGCAGCAGAGACUCUGGAAUUGGGUCCGCAAGUGAUCGUGCUAGUUUAGGGACUGGAGUUGAUGACACCGCCUUCAGUUACCAAGAAACCCAGAACCAGAGGCGGAACAUUGACGCCCUCCAAGAAGCAUUGGACGCGGCAUAUGCAACCAUCAAACAACUUGAGUCAAGCAACAAAAAGCUAAGCGACUCACUCGCUGAUAGCAACAAAGAGAAUCGCCAAUUGAAGAAAGAAAAGGGCGGCCUUCUCGACAAGGUGGAAGAGCUAUUGGUGGAUCUCAAGGAAGAGCGAAAAGCCAAUGACAGAUUAAGAAGAGAAACAUCACCACGAAGCGGGACAAGGACAACACCGCCACGAGUUGAAGCUCCUCGGCAUCGCUCUGAUACUUCAUCAAGUGGUCGAAGAGCUUCAGUUGUAUACGACAUGCCGCCGCUAGCACCUCAACCUCCACCAAAUCCUUUCGCUCCACUCAACACACGCUUACCUCCUGUGACAUUCACACAGUCGCCGUCGGUCACUUAUGCCCCCACAACCAUGUCCUACACUGCUCCUGUCUACGCUCCUAUCUCGCCACCCUCUGUACGGAGUCAUUAUUCGAGCUCAUCGAGCUCAUCAUCACAUACCAAGAACGAUGGGAAAUAUCAUCUACAACCCCUUUGA